AGCGCACCUGCGCACUGAAGUCUCUCUCCUACCUUCUCGAGCUGACUAAGAGAAGUGUUUCAGCUUCAGCACCAUGAACCAGACCGCCGCAGUCCCGAACCAGUGCCGCAGGCGCCCCUCAAUCGACAAGGAUCAUAUAGAUGGAGGUAUAGAGAGGAACUGGAAAGGGAUCGGAAUCUCUCUGCUAGUGAUUCUGGUGGUGCUGUCUUUCAUCAGCCUCUCCAUCUACUUUCUUUCUAAAGAUAAUGGAACUAAAGCUCUGAAAUCUCAUCUGACCUUGGACGACCUUUUCCUUAGAGACUUUCAGGUUCAAGCCCCUGAGGCUCAGUGGAUCAGUGUGGCAGAGAUAAUCUAUAGGAGCAAAGAUGGGAACGUACUGAAAAUAAAUAUCAGGACCAAUAAAACCGAGCUUCUGAUGAGAAACACUACAUUUGUAACAUUUAAAGCUUCCAAAGUUGCAGUCUCCCCAGACCUCAACUAUGUUUUACUUACAUAUGAUAUCAAAAAGGUGUAUCGAUACUCCUUCUUGGCAUCUUAUCUGAUCUACAAUUUGCAUACAAGAGAAGUGCAUGAGUUGAACCCGCCUGAGGUGUCAGAUUCGAUGCUGCAGUUUGCCUCAUGGGGAGUUUGGGGGCAACAGCUGAUUUAUGUUUUUGAAAAUAACAUCUACUACAAGCCGGAUGUAAAAAGCAGCUCUCUCAGACUGACAUCAUCAGGACAAGAUGGAUUAGUGUUUAAUGGGAUUCCUGACUGGAUGUAUGAGGAGGAAGUUCUGCACUCACCAGUAGGGCAUUGGUGGUCUCCGUCUGGAUCCAGCCUUGCAUUCCUCACCAUUAACGACACUCUCGUACCAAACAUGUUGCUGCCACGCUUUACUGGGGCUCUUUACCCACGAGGAGCAUACUACCCCUACCCAAAGGUUGGCCAAGUAAAUCCUACAGUGAAGUUGAGUGUGGUUACACUAAAUGGCUCAUCUCCCACCAUCGAGCUUCAGCCUCCUAGUAGCCUGGAAAAAAGUGAGUAUUACAUAACCAUGGUACGGUGGGCAACCGAGGAACAUGUGACUGUGCGCUGGCUCAACAGAGCUCAGAACACAUCCAUCCUUACGCUCUGUCACACACACACUGGAGAAUGUGAACGGAAGCAUGUGAUGACAUCAGACAAAUGGAUCGAUUGCCAAAAUGAGGAACCUAUCUUCUCUAAAGAUGGAACAAAGUUCUUUAUUACUUUACCCAUAAAGCAUGGCAGUCAGGGUUCUUUCCGCCACCUCACCAUGAUGUCAGAGCAGCAUGCUGAUGGAGAGGUCAAUGUACGGCACCUCACAUCUGGCAACUGGGAGGUCACUAAGAUUCUGGCCUAUGAUGAGAACCUGGACACUGUGUAUUAUAUCAGCACAGAAAAUGGAGUAUCACAAAGACAUCUGUACAGGGUGAGGACAGAGGAUGUGUUUCAUCGUGAGUGUUUGACCUGCUUCCUGUUCAAACCUCACUGCACCUAUUAUGAUGCAAUGCUGAGUCCAGAUUUACAAACCGUACUGCUGCACUGUGCAGGGCCUAGUAUUCCCAAAACCACUGUGCACCAGAUUGCCAAUAUAAGCAGUUUCAUGAGUAUAGAUUCUGGUUUGGAGUUCAGACACUUGCUCAGACACAAACGGAUCCCUCGCCGAGAAAUCAGAAUCAUUCCCUUCAAUAACCAUGCACUGCGACUGGAGCUCAGCUUCCCUGUGGAUUUUGAUGAGAUUAAUCAGCAUCCUCUGCUCUUCGUACUUGACAGUGCCCCUGGUGGUCAGCAAGUGAGUGAACAGUUCCGUCUGGACUGGGACUCUGUCUUGCUGAGCUCAGACAAAGUGAUUGUGGCUCGUCUGGAUGGAAGAGGAAGCGGCUUCCAGGGGCAAAAGUUUCUCCAGGAAGUGCACAAACAGCUGGGAGUGUUGGAGCUCCAGGAUCAACUCGCUGCUCUAGAGUAUCUGGUGAAGCUAUCAUACAUUGAUGGAAACAGGAUUGGUGUGUUUGGCAAGGCAUAUGGUGGUUUCGUAAGCUCCCUUCUUCUCCUGUCUCACAUCUCCCCAUUCCGUUGUGGUGUUGCUAUGGCACCUGUCUCAGACUGGAGACUCUAUGCUUCAGCAUUUACAGAGCGAUAUUUUGGAUUUCCAGCCAAUGAUGGACACAAGUAUCAGAUCUCUAGCCUGCUGUUUAACAUCAGCACCUCUGAGAAGCAGACCUUUCUUAUCUUACACGGGACAGCUGAUGCUUCUGUUCACUUCCAACACACAGCAGAGCUGGUAAAGCUGUUAUCUCUGCAUAAUGUGAACUAUACAUUACAGAUUUUUCCUGAUGAGGGUCAUGACAUCACCAGCAAACAAUACAUGCUGAGUUCCGUCAUCACCUUCUUCAGAGAGUGCUUCCAUGAAAACACUGCUGUCACCAUGGAAACCGGGGAGGAGGACUAGCAUCUGUGACUUAAGUUAUCUCAGCUGGACUCGGGUGAGAUUUAAGGACAAGAUGGCUGCCAUAACAAGCAUCCUUGACAUGGGUGACUUUAUUCUAAUCCCACUGGUCUCACUCCUACCUGCCAGAGGCACCGAAGGCUUUCUUAUCUGGUGCGACAGUGGAACAGCCACACUGAGUCACACACUGUCCAGAUUUGCAAUGACUGUUUGAGAUUUUGGAAGAUCAGUUGUUCUGUGUCAGUAAAAACUACACUGGUAUGAAUGACUAUGUUUACAAUACCUAUAGAUACUAUGAAGCUUACAAUUAAACCAAAUACCAAGCUCUAUUUUUUAUUCACUUCAUGAAUGCCAAAUAUGCUACAAUAAAUCUAAUGAUGAGAAAAAACUAAUUUGAAUACAAUGAAAGAUGUUUGAAUAAAAGAAUUAUAAACAAAAGUGUAUUAUUUUGAUUAAAAUAUUACAUUGAUUUCUGGACUGUUUAGAGAUGCAAGGCUGUAUAAACCCAAUAAUAAAACUUGGAAUGGAGUCUGCAAAAAUUACUGUCUGUAACUGCAACCCUUGAUGAACAUUAAGUUUAAUAUUAACUGUUUUAAUGCAGUACUUGUUUGUCUCCCUGCCUCAUUUUGUAUGUGUUAGUGUGUGUACAUUGAAGUGGAACAUUGAUGACUUUAUAUAUGUAUAUAUCACAUUAUUCAAAUAUCAGAUACUGUCAUACUGUAAUAAAAUGGAACUGUACAAAACAAUGUUUUUUUCGAAUAACUAAUUUUAACUAAAUGCUUUAUUUGAUUAUGUGUGUUAAAUAUUUUCAAUAUACAGUAUUUUGGCAUAUACUUAAAAUACCUUUUUAUACGUCCUUGGCGUAUUCUGGCAAUAUACAAUAACAUUUUCAAUAACAUAUGGCCCCCAAAAUGGAGCAAAAAUAUUUGUCUGUGAACACAUGAAUAUGGAGGAGGGCAGGAGUUCAGAGUGAACAUGGUGUUGUUGGCUGGCUUAUUGUAAAAGUUCAAAGUAUUUUACUCCAAGGCUUUUCCUUAUCAAAUUGGAUCAAAGUUUAAGGGUGACACAUAACUGGAAAAGAAGACUCUUUCUGUAGCCAACUCCGUAAAAUACAAUUAAGUUUAAAAAAUGAAUAGCCCUUUGUUGAACACCUCCAGGCAUGCAUGGUUUGGUUUAAAACAUUUUUGUACUGUUAGACUUUCACCACCAUAGUUUCUGUAUAAAUACGUGUAAUAAACUCUGAUGUUUAUGAAAAGAAGGUUGCAUAUUCCAUGUAUAACAUCAAUGAGUCUGGGUCAGUUUGGGUGAGCUGUUUUAUUUAUAGUCAUAACUCGGAAAGGCCCGAACUUCCAACCUCUCUCCCGUCUCAUUGCCCUGAUCCCAACCAACCAAACCAAAAUGAAAAGCAGAAAAACGGUAAAUUUGAAUUACAAAAGAGAUAAACAAUCAAAUCAACACAGAUAUGUACUGCUGACAAUAUCCACCCUGCUGGCUAAACUACUCUGAUAUCUGAUCAAUCGUAAAAAAUAUACUGUAUGUUUGUACUGGAAACACUUUUUUCUGUACAAACCGCCAUCUCUGGAGUCUACUAUAUACACACACAUGCACCUUUACACAGGUCCUGUCCACACUAUGACUUUAAUGACUGCACUAAAGAUUUUAGACAUAAUAAUUUGGUACAGAAUAUUCAUAUUCAGUUUCCACAUUCAUCCCAAUUUUUUUAAAUAUAAUUAGACACUGUUGCGUUUGAACAGUCUGCCGUUUUUCCCAUUUGCACAAAAGCUACAGAAGCUUCCAGUAUAUCACACUGUGCCAUCAGCAUGAUGUUCUCAUUCAGUCUUUUAAUGCGCUCUCGUCACCUUAAUAAUUUACAUCUAAGGAUUACAAAGAAAACAAACCGUCCACAUGCUGUGUGACCUUCUGUGCUAUUACCCUAUAAGCUAGACUAAUGAUGACUACACAGAAAGUAAUUUCACUCUGAAGCACUACAGUUGCUCUAUAGCUAUUGCUGUCUCCAUUUGUGAUCUGUUGCCUACAUCUAAUUUAUUUUCUGUGGCAUAGUUUGUGCAAACUGUUUUUUACUUGAGACAAAUCUGAAACAUACUUGCAGUUUAAAUACAUUAGCAAAGCAAUGCAAAAUGCUUCAAAGUGAAUCAGUGACAUUGGAAAACUAGAGUCCAGCAUGUGAAGAUGUUUGACAAAGUAGCACAUUUUCCUGCAUGAACCUUAUUUGUUGUUGCUUGAAUAAUAGUAUUAAAACUGAUUACUGCUAUCUGAUGUCUAUAGUGAGAAUGCUACCCAAAACUCAAGUUUCUUACUGUGGAUUUUUUCACCUCCAAAAAAACAUGCCGUGGCUGACUGGGCUAUGCUAAAUUGUCCAGAGGUGUGAUUGACUGGCUUUCAUGGUGUAUUCCCACCUUGUGCAUUCACUACAAAUUGACCUGAUGAAUAAAUGAAAUUCAAUGAAAUAUUAAAACAUUUGGACUGAAAUGCAUCUCUAGAUCUAACUCUAUUUUCAGGAAAUGACUGGUGUGUGCAUGGAGCAUGGUUGCCAUGUUGAUGAUAA